UUUGGCCCAGUUGUCUAAUCUGUUAAGGUCAUUUUGAAGUGUGAUCCUGUCCUCUGGGGUGUUAGCCACCCCUCCCAAUUUGGUGUCAUCUGCAAACUUGCUCAGGAUGCCCUCAAGCCCAUCAUCAUAAGCUUGAGAGCUCUUGCUAAGCAGCAUGCUGCAUAUACCAUAAUAAUUUGCAUGCUCCAUCUAUAGGUGGCAAAUAUUAAAUGUUGGUGGACAUAGUGUACUGUAUAUGCUGUGCACUAUUUUUAAAAAUUCUGAAAUAAUUAAAUGUGGCCAGAGUGCUGAAAUGUUGAUGUGCUGACAGCACUACAUAGACUAUCAAGCAUCUUGGCUUCCUUCCUUGUGUAACAUAUGCUUGAAUGGCCUGCUAUCACAUUUACAGUUUACAGCAGUGAUGUGAGAACUGGAAAUCUCUUAAAAACAACAGUAAACUAAAGCUGCUGUUUUUAGGACUGUUAAGGCAGCAGCUGAAAAGUACACUCACUGCUUCAAGACUGUAAAUGCAUUGCUUUGUAUUUGUAGCAAGAAACAUUCAUAUUCUUGGUCUACUUGUCAGUUUAAGUACCUGUAUAGUAUACUCUUAAACAACAGCAUGCUUUUCUUCAUGUUUUAGGAAAGGCAAAAGUGCCUAUUUGCAACUGAGUCCUUGUAUAUCCUAAUUUUCCUUCCUGUUCCUUAAUGGGAGUCUUGAACUAGCAUGUGUUUUUGUAUCAUUUUGUUCUUGGGCAGAAUAUAAGCCAUGUAGGAGAUCUCUUAAUUUACUGCUCCCCACCUACCAGUUUAUAUGUUAUUUUGGAGAGAAAAGGGGUGAAAUUGGUGUGAGGGGAAUAUCUAAGCGUUCCUCCUUUCUGUUUCUAAUACUGUAUGUCUUUUAGCACAGGGCAAUGCUGGAAGAUGGGUAUAUAAUGACUCCUAUCUUAAUAGAAACUUGUUGUGAAGUUUUUGGUGCAUGCUGUAUGGUUAUCAGACCACCCAAAUAUCCAAAUUUUAAUUUUAUGUAAUAGAAAUAUUGAUAAAAUAAAAGCAUUUCUGAGUAUGAUGACUUGCUUAAUUUGUAAGAAUUUGCUUGUACAUUGCCACAUACUAUACCCUGGCUUUUCUUCUUCCAACUCCACUUUUUCUUAUUUUUCUAUGCAACAUUCUAGACUGAAUUAAACCUUUUGCUGUGUGGUAACUGUACAAAUGUCAACAUCUCUGUGUUUGAGCUGAGGUGUAACCUUAGUGUAGUAAUGUGUUGCCAUUUGACUUGCUGAGGUGUUGCCUUAGCAUGGGUUGCCACGAUACCUGGCCAGUUUAUAACUUGAACUGCACUCGGAAAAUGGAGCACCCAUGCAUCACGUGGACAGGUGGAUUCAGAAGGAUCCCAAUCCUGGUAUUUCAUGCAGAAGCUAUUCUAACCAAGGACAGUUACAUCCGCUUGAUUGGGGAGCGCUAUCGCUUGUCUUUUAAGAUUGUGAGAACAGAAAGUCGCCUGGUGCGGAGCAUUUUGUCAGCUCAUGGAUUCCGUGAGGUACACCCAAGCAGCAAUGAGUAUAACCUUAUGUGGACAGGAUCCCAUCUGAAACCCUACAUUCUACGAACCCUCACAGAUAUUCAAAAAGUCAACCACUUCCCCAGGUCUUAUGAAUUAACUCGAAAGGACAGAUUGUACAAGAACAUCAUUCGCAUGCAGCAAACCUAUGGAUUCAAAACCUUCCACGUGCUCCCUCAGACCUUCAUUCUCCCUGCUGAAUAUCAAGAGUUUUGCUGUUCCUAUUCAAAGGAUAGGGGACCCUGGAUAGUGAAACCUGUGGCAUCUUCUAGAGGACGAGGUGUCUAUUUGAUCAACAAUCCAAGUCAGAUUUCCCUUGAAGAGAACAUCUUGGUCUCCCGCUACAUCAACAACCCUCUACUCAUAGAUGAUUUCAAAUUUGAUGUGCGGCUGUAUGUUCUGGUGACGUCCUAUGACCCCCUUGUCAUCUACCUCUAUGAGGAAGGUCUGGCCAGGUUUGCAACUGUGAGAUAUGACCAGGGAGCAAAGAAUAUUAAGAACCAAUUCAUGCAUUUAACAAACUACAGUGUCAACAAGAAGAGUGGUGACUAUGUCAGCUGUGAUGACCCUGAAGUGGAAGAUUAUGGGAACAAAUGGAGUAUGAGUGCAAUGCUGAGGUAUCUGAAACAGGAAGGGAAAGAUACUACAGCUCUGAUGGCCAGUGUAGAGGAUCUGAUAAUAAAGACAAUACUUUCAGCUGAACUGGUAAUAGCUGCUGCCUGCAAAGCCUUUCUCCCACACCGAGGUGUUUGUUUUGAGCUUUAUGGCUUUGAUGUCCUCAUUGAUUCUUCUCUCAAGCCUUGGCUACUGGAAGUGAACCUGUCCCCUUCUCUGGCCUGUGAUGCUCCUUUGGACCUGAAGAUUAAAGCUAGUAUGAUUUCAGACAUGUUCACACUUGUAGGCUUUGUUUGUCAGGAUCCAGGUCAGCGGUUCAGCCGAACAUCAUACUUUACCCCUGAGGGAAGGAGACACCCUUAUCAGAAACCUCAACGCCCUGUUUCUGCACAGUCCCGAUCAACAAAUGCCAAAUUGCGUUCUCGGCCGCUGUCUGCCAGUGAUGCUGAGAUGAAAAACCUUACGCCCUCAGCGAAGGAGAAAACAGUAGGAAGGCAUUUUGGCUCCAUGCUGGGGCUCUCCAUGGAGGAGAUAAAAGUCUUGCGUCGAGUGAAGGAGGAAUAUGAGCGAAGAGGGGGAUUCAUUCGUAUAUUCCCUACGCCAUUAACUUGGGACACUUAUGGAUCCUAUAUGGAGCACAAGACGACAAUGAACUAUAUGCUGGCCUCUCGCCUUUUCAGCGACAGAGGGUCAAGAAGAUGCCUAAUUUCUAAACGAACUCGAGGCCUUGACUUGCAACGUGGUCAUCUCGCCGCCAGAUGUCUCAGGACCGAGUCCAGUUUGAAUCUUGCUGGAGAACUGGGUCUGGACAUUAUGGAUUGUAAUGCUCAGCUUCAUGCUGCUCUGUAUGAGCGGAAGCUCCUGUCACUAGAGGUACGGAAACGAAGGCGGCGUUUUGGCAAACUGAAACCAGGAAAUGCAAAACUGUCAGGGACUUCACAGUCAACUGACUUUGUCCUCAAGUCAGAAAUGGAAUGUGAAGAAGAGGAGGAGAUAGUGGAGGAAGAUGAAGAACUGGAGAUGUCUCGGGAGGAAAUAGCUGGCUCUCUUAGGAACAUGCAGGUGAAAUUUAAGCCAGAUUUGCAUGAACAGGUGGAGCAUCCAAAAAAGGAAAAGUUGUCAAAGGAGUCUGAACAGAAACCUAUCCGUGAAGCGCUGCUGCUUCAAGCCAAAACAGAACCAAUGCCAAAAGAUACUGAGCUUCCAUUUAAUUUGCUACAGAUUUUACAGGAGAACAGUAAUCUAAGCAAAGUUCAGGCUCGCAGGGCUUUCUCUGCCUAUUUGCAACGUGUGCAGCUGCGCCUGAUGAAAGAGGCUGGGGAUCAGGUCCAUAAUCCUGCCUGGGCUGCCAAAGAGGAUGAGCAGAUGGAACUGGUUGUUCGCUUUUUAAAGCGAGCAGCCAAUAAUCUUCAACAGUCUUUGAGAAUGCUGCUCCCGAGUCGGCGCCUGGCCCUGUUUGACCGUAGGCGCAUCUUGGCUCAUCAGCUAGGUGAAUUCAUCAUCUGCUAUAAUAGGGAAACAGAUCAAAUGGCUCAGAGAAAGUUAAUGAAGAAUCAGGAGGACGAAGAGGAAGGGGUAGAUGCUGAAGGCUUUCACAAAUUUGUUGCUAAAGCAAGCGAAAGUGAUCUUGAGGAGGUGUUGACUUUUUACACACACAAGAAUAAGUCAGCAAGUGUCUUCCUGGGAACAAAUCCUGGAGUUACACAGAAUGCUACCAGCAAGUUGAAAGAUCAGCCAGAAACAGUGGAAGAAGCUGCAAAACAGCAACCUGAAACCCCAGUAGAAAAGGAAAAUGUGGCAGAGAAACUGAGAAGUGACCAACUCAAAGCAACCAGACUAUCCAGGAUGCCCUCUUCGGCAGAAGAUGAACAGAAAGCACCGCAACCCAGCCUCCUUAGUACGUCUUCCUUUGUUCCAAGUGCCAUCCUUCCACAAAGCAUCAACUCCCAGCUAUCCUCUCAUCCUGCUGCCUCAGAUAAUGCACAGGUGCCUGAUCAUCGCCCAGGGCUCUCUUUUUCAUCUGGUUCUAGACUGACUCCUUCCCCUUCUCUCCAAAGCACAGCACCUGACAUCUGGUCUAACACAGCAAAAAUUACACCCCGCCUGUCCUCAAACAAUGCAAGCUUACACCGUUGUCGGUCUGGCAGUUACACUGCCAGCCCCUUCUCUUCCUUUCAGAGUGCUUUGCAGAUCUACAGCCAGAGACUGUCCCGACCAUCUUCUGCAAAAGCAGCAGAUUCAAGGAGUCACAGCCCAAGCAAACAACGUGGUGGAUCUGCCAGAGUUAACAAGGAUGGAGAUGACUCUUCUGAGAGCAAGCAGUACAGUCAUGGUCUUGUUACAACAGAACUGCAGAGACUGGCAGAGAAGCAGGCAGCCAGGAAGUACUCUCCUUCUAGUCACAUCAGUCUCCUUACACAGCAGUUAACAAAUUUGAAUCUGAUGAAUGGAUCUAUAAACAGAGGAAAUGUAACUUCUCCCCGUUACCGAUCACCUCUCAACCAAGGAAACUCAUUUUGGGCUUUUCAAACACACACCGGUGACAUUAGUCCUGCAUCUUUGACAGUGAGGGCCCUGGAGGCUGACAACUUUGCCUGGGAAGGAGAUACAGAGAACUGCAUACGCAGUAAAUUGAUAGGAAGCCAACCAGGGCUUCCCAGGGCCUCGCCAAGUGCCGGCAGCUAUCAGCUCCAUUUUGCCCUGCAGCAGCUCCAACAGCAGAAGCUUCAGUCUCGGCAGCUUUUGGACCAGAGCCGAGCCCGGCACCAGGCUCUGUUUGCUAACUUCCCAACAUCCACCAUCAGCUCUAUGACCCUAUCAACUAAUUCUGGUGCCCACAGGACAUCAAGUGCCAUUUCUAGCAGCCAGAAAGUACCGAACCUGAAUAAGGUGAUGCCAUCCCAGAGUGCAUCUUCAAACUUGAUCCCUAAGCCCCCAGCCAGCCAUAGACAAGCAGUUAUUAGGAAGGUGGCAUCUCAGAGGAUUUCCAAGGCAACCUCCACAGAAGGGCAUCUGAAUGGAUUCCAGAAUAGCCUUAACAGUGCUAAAUCCUGUGAGCCACUCACAAACUCCAAAGGUCUUUUGGAAGCUUCCCCACACAUUAUUUUCGCCAGAACUAGACCUUUGUCCAGCCGAUCCAGAGCCACUGAUACACUUGUAGGGCACAGAAAGAAAAGGCCAGUGGAGGGAGGGCCAGCUUAAGCUCCCGGUUGCACUUACUUUCUGAAGUGAAGGAUUAAUCCUUAAUAACGGGUGGACAGACAAUCCAGUGCAUCAGCAUGCAAGGAGGAGAUGAAGCAGGGAUGAGUGCUCAUCAUUCCACACUCCUAGCAACACCCAGAUUGACAGCAAGACCUGUCGCACACUCCAGAAUUUUCCCCACUGAAAGGAGAGCAGAGCAGCUGAGUGUUUCUGGAAGAGCUGUUGGAGCCCUGACUUGAGGCUUUCUAGUUCCGCUGAGCUUCUGCUGCUUAAGCCUCAGGCCUUCCUUUGCAUUUUAUAUCACAUCUUCCAUCAACUAGUCAAGCUUAUGACUCACAUAAGACAGGAGCUCUUAAUGGUGUCUGUAUUAUGUAUCCUGAGGCCCAGGUUUCUCCAUCCACUCAGUCAUUUUGACUCACUUUGAGAACAAUCAAGGUUCUCUAUCAGGUACUGGGCAGCUUUCACCACCAGUGGCAUGAGAAGCUGAAAUGCUGACUUGACUAUAGACACUUCUGCUGGCUGCUAUCUUGAAUUUUGGCAGAAAGCCAUAGAAAUGCUCAGUCUGAAUAAAGUCAUUCAUUUUGUU